AUGCGAAUCCUCGCGCUGGUGAGCAUACUGCCUCGCGCUGAGAAUAUGAAGGGCAGUGCUACACCCUUUUUUCACUUUUGCCUUUCAGGUGAACGACAGCCACUGACCAACAAGAACGAAACCGCCCCGGGAAACUUGGGCAAAAGCGUCGAUCCUGUGUAUCAAUCCGUGAACCCCUUCUUGCUAGAUUCCUUAAAGUCGUAUUUUUCCAAGUUUGGAGAGAUCGAAGAGUCCAUUGUUAUGAUGGACAACCGGACUGGCCGUUCAAGGGGGUUCGGUUACAUAAAGUACAAGGAAAGCACCUCGGUCGAUUCUGUGCUCGCGCAGAAGCUUCACGUCGUCGAUCACAAAGAAGUUGACCCAAAACGAUGCAACAUAAACAUGAAGGGAAAGAACCGAAGGAGCCUUAAGAUUUUUGUUGGCGGUAUUUCAUUUGAGCACGACGAGUCGACCAUCAGGAAUUUCUUUUCAAAGUACGGCAGAGUUACUGACGUGAACCUCCUCACCAGUCCCAAUAAGCAAAGGCAUCGUGGGUUUGCCUUUGUCGGAUUCGAUGACGAAGAAGUGGUGAAAAAUCUAAUACGUAUGCACUUCCUUAAUUUGGAUGGAAAACAGGUCGAAGUAAAAGCUAUGGAGCCACCGAUCUCACAGAGACCGAAUUAUCCAAUUAGUCCAGGGGCGCCAAUCCACUUGCAAGCAAACGGCCGGGCUGUUCGGGGAGGUAGAACCAACCACUUUGCACAAAUUCCGUCAAAUGAUUCCUUUUCCCCCUGGAAUCAAUGGUCAGGUGUUGGAACUACUGGUAGUUGGAACCCUACGAGCGGUCCCCCAGGACCACAACCUCCUUGGUCACAAACUGUUGGAUGGAAUGGUGGUGGUGGCUCGGCCGCCAGCAACCACCAUGGCUCACAGUCAGUUGGUGGACCGGCCUCACACAUGCCAAGCUUAGGUCCAAACCCUGGACUCGGUUGGACUGAUCAGCAGGGCAACUCUACCAAUGGUUGGGUGCCAUCUGGAUGGGGCCCCCACGUAACGGGCCCUGCGCUCAAUAACCGGGGUUUGGGAGAUGAAGUUUCUUUGUACAGCUUACAGCAACAGCAGCGAAAAACACGUCCAACCUGGGAUUCAAUGUGUUUUGCCGCUUUGACUUCGGGUGUGAACUCUACUCCGAACCCGGGCGACCUCGUUAGUUCACUGGACAACUGGAACCAUCCAGCAGCAGCAGCUAAUGCCGCUCUUUGUCAACUGACUCAGCUCCCAAUGGGAUCCGGUCUUCCUCCUGCUCCGGCCGGGGCGACCGAUUGGAAUCAGGUCUCCGCUACUACUCCGGGGUCAGGUUCAGCAAACUGGAACGGAUCCAACCCUGGUGCCAUGUCGAUUCAAGCUGCCAAUUCCGUCCAACAAGGAGGGACUGGUUCAAACAACAUGCAAAGUGGUUUCCUCAGUGAUCACUCAGGGGCAGCACAUCCUCAUCAGAACGGUGCUACAAUGGCAGCAAUGGCCGCAGCAUUUGGUAUCGGUGGGUCUGGCUCAGUUCCACAUUGGACUUCUGGUCCUGGUCCUGGCGAUCCUGGUAAUCUGAAACUCGACGACGCACUUUAUCGAUCUUCCGGAGGUUAUGGUUUGUCUUCUACAGGGGUCCCAACCAACGGCAGUGCAAGUUUACAUCAGCCAGCCAAUGGUCUACUUCCCGGUGACUGGCGUGCUGUCACUGGGCCGACGGUUGGAAGCACUGCUUCAAUCCCUGGAUACCAUCCUGGACCACAGCCACAAUCGCAACAACAACAGCAGCACAUGUACAAACGAUAAUCAUUUCGGAGACCCGGACCCUUUCCAGUAUCACUUAUCAUCGUGAGCACUACGGUUCCGGUUAUCCGUCGGUUCUGGUUGUCUUUGUUCAUAUCGUGGAAGCUUGUGGUGAGAGCGCCUCAUCCUUUUCCGGUGUGUAUGUGAUUGUAUGCCCCGCGCUCGAACUUGGAGGAUUCGGCGCGCAAUUAACCCCCUUCCCUUUGCUCAUUUGGUCUGAACCCAUCUGUUGUUUCCGGCGUCUCAAGUCUCCGUCUUAGCCCCUUUACAUCGAGGCACUGUGCAUCUGUUUGCACCUAGUCGUCUUUCGGUACUAAUUUUACUACUGAUUACCAGCACCGCUAUAAUCCCACUCUUAAUACAAGUACACACCAGAGAUAUGAACGAUUCUUGUUUAGUGUAUCUGUGAAUGCGGUUGAGGCAAUAACAUGGUAUUCACAUACUAUGGAGUCAUUUCGAUGAUAUGUACUUCUUUUACUUACGAUAUGCACGUCCUUCGGCAUAGUUGCAUACUGUUAUUUAUCUGAAACCGUUCCUUGGCCAUUUGUUUCUACCGAUCAGUUUAUAUGUACGCCUACGGACCUCUACCCAUAAUGUUCGUGUACUUCAUACACCCCUGAUCUGAUUUGUAUUUUCUUUUUCCCUCAUUCACUUUUUCUAUUCUUUCGGACGUAUAUUAUCAUUUUUGUUUAUUACUAUUAUCAGUAUGGGUACUAUACUUAUCAUCAGUGUCACCGCAACCAGGUCCGCAUUUUUAGCUAACCCGUGAUUUUGACCAACAGGAGUCGCAAUUCGAAAACAUUUAUCAUUCGUAUGUGUCGUUCUUUUCAUUUGCUUUCUCUCAACUGGGCGAUUUUUCCAGCCAUGUUGAUCGUCUUCAAGUUUGUUGCUUUGUAGCUAACCCGUAAGCGUUUUUUUACACGCUCUGGCCUGUUUUUUCAUCCGACUGUACAGCCAUGUUGGCCGCUAGUUCUCGAAUGCAAUCUCUAGUUGUGAUCGAUUUCCUGUCCACAUUUUCUCUUGUCAGUAGCUUUUACUCUUCUGUGAACUCUCGGUUUUCGUGUGUUAUUUAUUCUGCCUCCGUCCUGUUCCCUCAAUCUGUUUUUGUGGCUUUCCAUUCACGUGUUUGCCUCCCUCCUUGUUUCAUGUACUCUAAUGUGCUUUCGUAUCAACCAGUCUGGAUCAGUAGUUUUAUCGAAUGCACAAUUACAUGCAUCGUUUGGAAGUGAUGACUAAGAUUGCCCUGUCCUUCAGACUCCUUUAAUAGUUGAACAACCAAGCUUCGUUUCGACUUCUGGAUAAACUUUGGGUGUGACGUUCUCUCUUGGAUUGUCACAAUAUGAGCCAUGACAGUGAU